UCUUAUUUCCCCUGCUUAUAGAAUUUGCUGCGUGUGAAGCACCAGAACUUUUCAAAGACGAACUUGCAGAAAUGCUCCAAAAGGUGCCCUUGUUAGAGUUGCUGUCCAUAAAAAUCCGAGGUACCUCACGUGAUGUAUUUGAUAUACGACCGACCUCUUGGACAAUUUCUGCCCAAGAGUUUAAAAAAAUUGAAGUUACAGCAAACGGAUGUACCCCUCUUUGUCUCCUGGUUAGAUGCAGUCAGGAAGAUCCCUUGUUUCAACUUGCGAAGCUUGUCUCUUGUCGUGGACGUUAUAUCAGAUAAUCUUCUCAUCACAGUUAUGCAUUCUCUUCCUCGUUUAGAGCUGGAUCUUGAAGACAGACCUUUUAUGGGGCCAUCGGUACGGGACAUGACCAACAUUGGACUGCCGGCUCUGAAGUUCUGCGAAUGUCUAAUUAUCCUCUCAAUUGUUCAAAGUGAAAGGAAUUAUCCUUCAUUUAAGAGAGUCAAAAAUAUAGGCACGUUCCAUAUUUCUGAACGUUGUAGAAGGUUGGAAUCAGUGAAACUUGGUGGGUUUGCAAAGGUUACUGAAGCUGGAUAUUCGUCAAUUCUGCACUCAUGCCGGAAUCUGAGGAAAUUUGAAGUGUUGACUUCACCUCUAUUAUCAGAAUCGGUGUUUGAUAAUAUGAUAGGAGUUGCAAGGUCCGUAAUUGAAUUAAGCCACUUGGAGGGAUGGAAACUAUUGUUUUCCUCUAUAUGUACAAUUUUUACAAGGUAUUCUUUUGUUUACUUCUAUGUUUCGUUAAAUUCUCUGUUUUACUCUUCCUAGUUCUAAUAGUGUUUCUUUCUGUUGUAUCUUAUUCUUUUACUAUUCCUUAUCUUAGAUUA